GAAUUCCUCAAGAAUAGGCCGCUAAACACCAAUCCUAGUCAAUUAAAUAAGGCUGCUCAUAGAAAGAUGCUCGGCAAUUAGUGUUAUUAAUUAUACUUUCCCGUCAGCCUACCCGUUGUUGAUGACGGAGUCGGUGGUGCGCUCUUCAAGAGGUUACCAAACAUCAUAUAUCUUCCAUCGUGAUCAUGGCUAACGUGGAGGUGAGAGCGUUGCGACAACAGCCUGGUUUUGCCUGUGAAGAAUGCCGGAAACGCAAGGCCCGUUGCGACCGAGGGCGACCCAAAUGCAGCUUCUGCACUGCGACAGGUUCCACAUGUGUUAUUGUUGACAAGAGGCAGCAAAGAGGGCCCAAGAAGGGCCAAGUCAAUCAAAUGCGACUACAAAUUGGUUUGCUUCAUUCCUCAUCAACCGUCAUGUAACGCUGUGUGCUUCUAUAUCUUCCAUUGCUCGCGGGCUUGCCCGGCUUCUUUAAUCCAUGCAAAUUUCGCGCUACAUAAGCAUACAAGUGUAUAUUUUGCUAGGAUCAUUGUUACUAACGAUUAAUAUGCGCAGCAACGCUUCAAUCGCAGCUAGACCAACACUUUGGAUCCAACUCGGGAAAAACGGUGCCCGAUCAGGACCCCGACUCUUCACGAACAGACGUUAUUGUAGCCCCCGACGACUAUAAUGGC